AUGUCUGAGGAAAAUGUAGUAAAUGUAAAACAUCGUAUGUUACAAUUACUUUCUGAUGUGGACGAAGCUGAUAUGGAAACGAUUGAACAAUGGAUAUGUAAUCGAUCAUACAGAAAGGAUUUAGAACGUUUAAAAGCGUUGAAAAGUUCACAGAAAACACUCGUAAAAAUUGGUAAUUCAAUUAAGAAAAUUGUGCCAUUUGAAGCAGAGAUGCCAUCAGAAAUUAUAAAACCACCAACAGUUGGAAAUCAAGUAGAUUGCAAUGAAAUCAAUACAUGCCAUGUGGAUGAAUUCCUAUAUGAUGAUAAUGAAGUAGAAAAACUUAUUAAAAAAGGGAAACUAAAAAAAUACUAUUGUACAAACUGUAACCAUCGGGAUGUACAAGAAUUGAUAUACAUUUCACAUUCAAUGUCCUGUCAAGCUCUACAAUACAUAUUCAAAGUUUUGCUUCCAAGUGAUUUAGAAGAAAAGCAAAUUUUGGAUGUUGGUUCACGAUUAGGUGCAGUUUUAUAUGGUGCUUACUUUUUAUCGAAUGCUGGAACUAUCAUAGGUGUGGAAAUGAAUGAAGAAUGUUGUGAUGUUCAAAGGAGAAUCAUUGAACAGCAUACAAUGGACACUAACAGAAUAAAAGUAGUUCACUCUGAUAUAAUGGAAAGGAGUGAUCUUGUGACAAACUCCAAUAUUAUUGUAAUAAAUAUCUUAGAAUUCUUUGUUGACAAUGAAAAACAUAAGGAAAUGUGGUAUUUCUUCAAGAAAUAUAUUAAGAAAGGAAGUUAUCUUGUUUGUAACAGAUCUAUGACUGAUACAUUUGUAAAUUUAGAUAUAUUUGAAGAAUUCAUGAAUUGGUUGAGUGUUUGUAAACCACAUCAAAUAGAAAAUGAAAUACUUUUUGAUAUUGAGGAUUAUGAAGAUUUGUACUUGUAUACUGUUAAUUAA